CCAGAAGGAAUAUGUGUUCGUUCUCGAUUGCAUCAGCUGGGAAUUCUCAGCGCACUUCGAUCUUUGCCGUGGCCUUUACUCUGCUUGUUCAUGGCGGAAUAACUGGCGAAUCUUUUGUUAAUGUCCAGAGACCCGAUUUUCAGGCUGAUUUUGUUUUCGGAGUCGCCACUUCUGCUGCUCAGAUUGAAGGAUCUUCGAAAUCUGAAGGGAAAGGGCCGGGUGUUUGGGAUCAGUUUGAACGGAGGUUUUCAUGGAAAAUAGCAGACAACAGUUCCUUGGAUGUGUCAAUUGAUUCGUAUAAACGUUAUAAGGAAGAUGCAUUGAUUUUAAAGGAUCAGGGUGUAGGUGCGUUUAGAUUUUCCAUCCCUUGGACCAGGAUUUUACCAAACCGAACUUUAAGUGAUGGAAUAAAUGAAGAGGGUAUCAAUCAUUAA